ACAUCACCACUCACCCAACUAAUAUACUCUUUGACCAGUCGGAACAAACGAACUUGGACACACGAAGAUACAAUUGAUUUCUAUUAAGUUGUUGCUCGGGAUUGAGCGAUCAUGGGAACUGUCAUUGAUUCCCAUUUCUUGGCCCUCACUGCAAUUGUCACUGUGGGCUAUCAAUUUUUCUUCUUUAUAAUCACUGCACUUCUCAAAUUCGAUAAAGUUACUGAUUUUGCAGGAAGCACAAAUUUUGUUCUACUAGCUUUGUUAACAUUGAUUGUUAAAGGAUCGUGGCAUUUUCGACAGGUGGUUUUGUCCUUGCUUGUAGUCGUAUGGGGCCUUCGGCUGGGACUGUUUCUAUUGAUGAGGAUACUGCAGUGGGGGGAGGAUCGACGGUUUGAUGAAAUGCGCACUAAUUUUGGAAAACUCGCUGUUUUUUGGAUUUUUCAGGCUGUCUGGGUGUCGACUGUAAGUUUGCCCGUGACAGUUGUUAAUGCAAGUAACAAAAACCCCUCCAUUCAUGCUGCGGAUAUUAUAGGUUGGAUUAUGUGGUCCUUGGGUAUUCUUGUUGAAGCUGCAGCUGAUCAACAAAAAUUGGCAUUUAAAAAUUCUCCAGACAACAGAGGGAAAUGGUGCAAUGUUGGAGUCUGGAAAUAUUCUCGUCAUCCAAACUACUUUGGCGAGAUUUUCCUUUGGUGGGGAAUAUUUGUAGCUUCAACUCCAGUGUUAGAAAAUGCUGAAUGGCUUGUCAUAUUUGGGCCAAUAUUUCUCACCCUAUUGCUUCUUUUUCUCAGCGGCAUACCAUUGCUUGAGGAAUCAGCAGACAAGAAGUAUGGCGGAGUUGCUGCAUACAGGGAUUAUAAAAGAACAACAAGUCCUCUCAUUUUGCUCCCUCCUGCACUGUAUGGAAAACUGCCAUCAUGGUUUAAAGCAACAUUUCUCUUUGAAUAUCCUCUUUAUAGUCGGACUUUCCCCCAAGAAAGCUGGUAAGUAAUUUUGUCAAGUUGAGAUGCAGUAAUUAUCUGUCUGUGCAAGGUAUAGAAGGAGGCAACGAGGGAGCACUGAGCAGAAGAUGCAUUAAACACUAAAGAAUCACCGAAUUCCCUUGAACUCUUUAGCCGGUUUGACGAAUAGAUCCAGUGAAACGAUGUUCUUUUGAAGAAUUUGGCGUUUAUUUCAUUUGUUAUACUUCAUACUUCUGCACUCCCUUUGGCUGCUGUAUUGCUACUAGUUUCAUCUGCCUUAAUUAAUUUGAGGUGAAUUUUAUUCGAAGUUUAGGCCAUACACAUUUUGAAGUGAUUGAUAGCUCUAUCAACUGAAAUUUACUGGAAAGUGACUCCGUUUUGUAUUCUUGUUUUUCAAUUUUUUACACGGUAUGAAUAUUUGUGGUCUCUGUGACUUGGGUA